AUGAAAGGAAGUAAGAGAAAUGCUAUCGUAGAUGAAGAAAUUCCAAGUGAUGAUGAAGAAAUACAAGCUUCCACUCAUAGGAGCGAUGAACAUUCAGAGGAUGAAUAUGAUAGUGAAACUGCAGAGGAUAAGCGCUUAAGACUUGCCAAAGAAUAUCUUAGACAUUUAGAGCAAGAAGAAUUGCAAGAUCAGCAAUCAAAAGACACUGCACAUGAUGCAAUUGCACACCGUUUAAAAGAAGAAUUUUUAGACCACAGUGGAAAGCAACAAAAAUUAUUAUGCGAUGAAUGUAUUGAACCAGAUCCUGAUAAAAUCAUCAAGUUACAGGGACACAAACUCAGUGUCACUUGUGUAGCAUUCUCUCAUGAUGGUAAAUUUGUCUAUAGUGGUUCAAAGGAUAGUUCUAUAAUCAAGUGGGAUUUAGAAACUUUUAAGAAAGUGAAAGUAUUUCAUGGCUUCCAUAAAGCUGGCGAAGGGAAAGGACAUAAAGGACACAUCCUAUGUUUAGAUGUCAGCUUGGAUUGUAAAUACAUGGCGAGUGGUGGGCAGGAUAAACUUGUAUACUUAUGGGAUUUAGAGAAGGAAGAAGUUUGUUAUAUAUUUAAAGGACAUAAAGAUAUAAUUACGGGCUUGCGAUUUCGCCAUAAUUCUCACGAAUUGUAUAGCACUUCCAAAGAUAGAUCAGUGAAAGUAUGGAGCGUGGAUGAAAGGGCAUACGUUGAAACAUUAUUUGGUCAUCAAGACGCAGUUUUAGGUAUCGAUUGUCUCAGGCGGCAGCGACCUGUUACUGCUGGUGGUCGUGAUUGUAGUAUUCAUGUCUGGAAAAUUAUUGACGAGAGCUAUUUGAAAUUCGAAACCAACAAAAGAGGAUCCAUGGAAUGCCUCUGCAUGCUUAAUGAAGAUAACUAUCUUUCUGGCACUGAUGACGGAUCGCUGAUAACAUGGAAUAUUCACAAAAAGAGGCCAACUUUUACCAGAGAUAACGCUCACGGAUCAAAUCCGCAAAGAAACCUUCCAACAGAUGAUUCUUGGAUCAUCUCUGUAGCGUCGGUUCCUUAUAGUGAUCUAGCUAUAAGUGGUUCAAACGAUAAUCAAUUACGAUUAUGGCGAAGCAGCCGUGACUAUACAACAUUAAGUCCACUUUUUUCUGUCGAUGUGCCAGGUUUCAUCAAUGGACUAGCUCUAAGUCAUAAUGGCCAAUUUAUAGCAUGCGCUAUUGGUCAAGAGCACAAAUUAGGAAGAUGGUGGCAUUUACAGCAUGUCAAGAAUUGCGUAUGCAUUAUCGAUUUGCGAAAUGCUUGA